AUGGCCAAGCCAAAACUGACCCUGUACUUCGACCUACACAGCCCAUACUCGUACUUGGCAUUUUACGUUAUCAAGAAUUCGCCCGUCUUCAAAUCAUGCGACAUAACGUAUACCCCAGUUCUGUUGGUGGCAUAUAUAAACGCCGUUGGGUUAAAGCCACCAUGGAGCAGUCCUAACAAGGUGAAAUGGAUGCAUACAGACGUCGCUAGAUGGUGUCAGCACUUCAACAUCCCUUGGAGCCCAGGUUUACCAGCGAACUACCCAUUCAAAGUGACCACGUUGAAGAGGGCCCUGGUGGCCUGUUUGCUUGAAUGCCCUGACCGGUAUCCGGACGUGGUAGACGGGCUAUACCAUGCAUUUUGGUACGAGAAAAGGGGGGUUCAGCUUCCUGAAAUCCACGGACCCAUUAUUGCCCAGAUAGUCGGCAAGGAACUCGCUGCGAGGAUCCUGGACAGGAGCACCUCCGAUGAGGUCAAGUCACUCCUGAAACAAAACACCGACAGCGCAAUUGCUAAUGGGUCUCCCGGUCUCCCUUGGAUCAAAGCGGUAAAUGGAGAAGGACAGGAAGAGUUCUUUUGGGGCUUCGAUCAUCUUGGGCAGGUUGCGAGAUUUCUAGGCCUCCCAAGGCUGAACGGGCCGCACCUGUAA